AUGCACGAACGGGCGGGAGCCUGCAAAGAGGACCGCAGAGAGGGAGACCUGGGAGGAGUCUGGCUAUCCUGUAGAAGUCAACGAGCUCCUCGCCACGGUCCGUGGAGGCUUUCGCAUCUACAGGUGCUCAGUGAAGCAGCAGGACCCGGGCAAGGGACCCGAUCAUGA